AUGUCCGGCUCAGCACAAGGAAGCAACGACAUGAAGAAGGCCGUCGUCGGCGACUCCAAGAACGGCGAGCAACCGCUUGCGCCCGAGAAGAAGGCCGCCACACAAUUAGAGGAGGACGACGAGUUUGAGGACUUUCCCGUAGAGGACUGGACAGAAGAGGAGACGCAAAUCCCCAACGGCAACACACACCUCUGGGAGGAGAGCUGGGACGAUGAUGACACAAAUGAUGAGUUUGCUGUACAGCUGAGGGAGGAGCUGAAGAAGCUUGGCAAAUGA